CAGGCUGUGACGUCGUCGGCUAGUGAUGGCGAAGAGUGGUGCGAAGGGAAAUUGUGUCAAAAACUUAUCUUCGUACAAAUAAGAUCUCUGCUUUAUUUUCUGUUUUAGUAUUGACUCAUUUGAAGAGGGUCGUGAUGGCCCAUCGAUACCUCUACUUGUCAAGAGGUUGUAGGAACCUUUCAAAGACUAUAUUGCCUCCAAACGUCAGAUCAACAAACUAUGUAACGUUACGACUGGUCUCAAGCCAAGCUGAAGCUCAAACUUCUACUGUUGAAAGAGGAUCCCUGCUGUUGCGUGUGUUAGGUGCCUAUAGAAGACUGUGUUCUAAGCCCCCAAAGGGAUUUGAGAAAUACUUCCCUAAUAAGACAAGUCCAAAACACAGUGAACCGAAAGCAGCCGAGGCCAAAGAGGCAAAGCCAAGUGAAGGUAGCAGGUCCAGUGGUGGCGGUGGCAGCGGGGGCAGCAGUGGUGGCAGCAGUGGUGGCGGUGCCUCGGGUGGCGGUGCCUCGGGUGGAGGAGGAAGGAGAGGGGGAAGGAAAGACGAGGGUUUCUGGUUCAGUCGUCUCCAGAAGGGUGAUAUACCAUGGGAUGACAAAGAGUUCCGGGCCUAUUUCCUGAGUGGAGUUGCUUUUUGGACAGCUAUCACCUAUUACUUUUUUUUCCGAGAUGGCGGAAGAGAAGUCACCUGGAAAGACUUUAUCAACCUGUAUCUCUCCAAAGGCGUUGUUGACAGGUUAGAGGUUGUGAACAAGCGGUAUGUGAAAGUAGUCUUUGCUCCAGGAAAGACCCCAGUUGAUGGACAAUAUGUUUGGUUCAACAUUGGCAGUGUGGACACAUUUGAGCGCAACCUGGAGACCAUCCAGCUUGAGAUGGGCAUUGAAGGGGAGAACAGGCUCCCAGUGGUCUACUCCGCUGAGAGUGAUGGGUCUUUCCUCCUCAGCAUGCUGCCCACAGUGCUGAUCAUCGGCUUCCUGCUCUUCAUGCUCCGUCGGGGGCCGGCGGGGGCCGGCGGUAGGCCAGGCAGGGGCAUGGGUGGCCUGUUCAGCGUGGGUGAGACCACUGCCAAGGUGCUACGUGAUGAGAUCGAUGUGAAGUUCAAGGAUGUGGCUGGCUGUGAGGAGGCCAAGUUGGAGAUCAUGGAGUUCGUCAACUUCCUCAAGAACCCUAAGCAGUACAAGGACCUAGGAGCUAAGAUCCCUAAGGGUGCAAUUUUGACUGGUCCUCCUGGAACUGGAAAGACCCUGUUGGCUAAGGCCACUGCAGGUGAAGCCAAUGUGCCCUUCAUCACUGUCAAUGGCUCUGAGUUCCUGGAGAUGUUUGUGGGCGUGGGUCCAGCCAGGGUGCGGGACCUCUUUGUGAUGGCACGUAAGAAUGCCCCCUGCAUCCUCUUCAUAGACGAGAUCGACGCAGUGGGUAGGAAGCGAGGUCGUGGGAACUUUGGAGGGCAGAGCGAGCAGGAGAACACCCUCAAUCAGUUACUGGUGGAAAUGGACGGGUUUAACCCAGCGACUAAUGUAGUUGUCCUGGCUGGCACCAACAGACCAGACAUCUUGGACCCAGCUCUGAUGAGGCCUGGUCGCUUUGACAGACAGAUAUACAUAGGUCAUCCAGAUAUCAAAGGCAGAUCCUCCAUAUUCAAAGUGCAUCUGAGGCCCCUCAAGCUGGAUGAAGCGGUGGAUAAAGAGGCUCUGGCCAGGAAAAUGGCUGCUCUUACUCCUGGCUUCUCAGGAGCUGACAUUGCCAACGUGUGCAAUGAGGCAGCGCUGAUUGCUGCUCGCCACCUCUCCGACUCCAUCAACCAGAAGCACUUUGAGCAGGCCAUUGAACGGGUGAUUGGAGGUCUGGAGAAGAAGACCCAGGUGCUUCAGCCAGAGGAGAAGAAGACGGUGGCGUACCACGAGGCCGGACACGCUGUGGCUGGCUGGUACCUGGAGCACGCCGACCCCCUUAUCAAGGUGUCCAUAAUCCCACGUGGCAAAGGGCUGGGCUACGCGCAGUACCUGCCCAGGGAGCAGUAUCUGUACACCAAGGAGCAGCUGCUGGACAGGAUGUGCAUGACACUAGGGGGACGAGUCUCAGAGGAGAUCUUCUUCGGCCGCAUUACCACUGGAGCACAGGAUGACCUCAAGAAGGUCACACAGAGUGCCUACGCUCAGAUAGUGCAGUUCGGCAUGAAUGAGAAGGUGGGCCAGCUGUCCUUCGACCUGCCCCGGCAGGGAGAGAUGGUGCUGGAGAAGCCCUACAGCGAGGCCACGGCCCGCCUCAUCGACACGGAGGUGCGCUGCCUCAUCAGUGAGGCGUACGAGCGCACCAAGGAGCUCCUGAAGGAGAAGAAGGCCGACGUGGAGAAGGUGGCGCUCCUUCUCUUGGAGAAAGAGGUCCUGGACAAAAACGACAUGGUGCAGCUGCUGGGGCCGCGGCCGUUCGCCGAGAAGUCCACCUACGAGGAGUUCGUGGAGGGCACGGGCAGCGUGGAUGAGGACACGUCCCUUCCCGAGGGCCUCAAGGACUGGAACAAGGAGCGCGGUGCCGACAAGGAGGAGAGCACCGAAGAGCAGGUGGCGCGCCAGAUCACUGGCGGCAUGCCCUUCUAGAAGCCUCCCCUCCUCAGGUGGGAGCGCCGUGGAGGACGGGGGCAGGGGGGGUCUGGAGCUCGUGGCUGUAAAGAGAGACCUGGGGGUGGUGUCUGAGUGGGGUGCAGGACGUGGGGCCGGUCAGCCUGCUUGGGUCGAUGACCCUCACGAACAUGGAGUGGCUUGUGAAGUUGAUUUUGUUUGGGAAGGCACUCUUGCGGAGGAGAGCCCCUCUAUAUCUGUCUUUGCUUUUCAGUAAUCACCGCAGAGACACAGGGCGGGGAAACAUUGGCUGCCUGAUGUUUCAGUCCUGUAUAGGUGUGGCUGGGCCCUGCCUAUGGCUUUGGAUGGAUGCAGAAACAAGCAAUAGGAGGUAGAGGUGUGUAUUUUUUUUGUUUUGUUGUUGUUGUUGUUGUUGCUGCUGCUAUAGUGCACUCCGUAGUUCCAAACAAGCCAUUGAAGAAUGAUCUCAAUACAUCGAUUUUACUCAGAGCUUCUGUGAUCUGCACUCGUUGUUUGAAUACUUCUCAGACUAUUGAUGGUGCAUAGACUGAACUUUUUUUUGGACUGAAAUGGAAAUAUCCUUCUCGUGAUCAGCUGAAGCAAGAUAAGCACUUCAACACAUUUUUCGACAGAGAAUGUACCUAAGGAAUCAGUCUAUCAACAUGCAGAUGAUAAACAUAUAUAGUUUAUUGUGUCCCACCGAUAAAUGUUGCUUCUGUGAAGUGGCUGCAAAGUAUCAUUUUGUGCGGAGAGGAGAAGAAAUAAGUUGCAGUCUCUAUCUCUCGGUGAUGUGGCUAAAACACUCACAAAGCCUUUUGAGUAGCGCUUUGCAUGCAGUUGCAUCCACACACACACAUCCACACACACAGGCUUCACCAACAGGGGAAAGCAAGCACUUCACACAACAGCAGAGCCUUUCAAACGAAAGUGAAAGGACGCAAGCCCAGUAGUGAAUUACACAAGUUUGUCACCCCUUAACUUGAGUUCUCCUUUUCACUAAAUUUGACAUGCAUGAUUACAGAUAUUAGCCAUCAGGCUAUGCAUCAGCGGCUCUAGAAAUAUCCCUUUGUGAUGGAUUUAUCGUGGCCCUUUUAUAUCGAUCAGUUAAUAUGUAUUUAACAUCAGUCCACAGUCAGCAAUCCAAGAAAAAGUAGAAAAGCAAUAGAAUUGGUCCUACUUACGAGCCAAGUAUUGGUCCUACUUACGAGCCAAGUGUGCUGUUUUACAUUUGACAGUUAAGGCGCUAGAAAUCCGUGACUGGACGGAAUCAUCACCAGGCUGCCUCUAAAGCAGGCGCAACCAUAGCUCUUAGUAAAUCAAUGUUUGAGGUGCUUUCCUCACAGCACAUUUUAGUCUAAUCUUAUUUGUACUCAUAUUCACCUGCAGUUGGUAGGGACACGUGAAUUGCAUUGUGCGCGCAGUAAAGAUACUACUUCAUUGACAGGGAGGGUUUCAGGUUGAAGAGUGUGACCUCAGGAAUGCCAAAGCUGAACAGAUCCACUAUGUAUUUUUCCAUCCAGUGGAUAGUGAUUAUUAGUGACAGGAGCUUGUGUUGUGAGAAUUCAUCAUUGUUCAUCAAAGCUACACAAAUUACUAAUUUUUUCCUUCUGUUCUUUCAAGCCAGUCUUUGAAGAUGAUUUCUGUAAAAUAAUGUGUAAAUGUGUAUUUUGUUCAACUGUGGAAAAAAUAUGAUCUGAUGUGUUUAAAAAGAUGAAUAAAUGUAUUUAAAAUUUAUUUUUAGUUGACAA